AUGUGGGCUGAGGUCCCGCGCAGGGACUACACCGUACACCCUGGGUUCCCGGAGCCGGUCCAGCCCCCACCGCAACUCACGGCCCCACGGUUCCCGCGCGGCGGGGCGCGGGCUGCGCGCGGGGCGGGCUCCCGCCGCUGGACGAGCCUUUCCCGCCGCCCGGCUCGCUGCCCGCCCACCGUCUCUCGAGCUGCCACGGCCUUGCCUUUCUUCUCAGGGGUCUGCGGAGAAUGCGGGCUGACCUGGGUGGCCGAGCGCCGCGGUGGUGCAAGGAGAUCCAAGGGGAGAUGCUACGUGGCCGGGAAGCCAGCACUGGAGUUGGUGUCAUUUGAAGACCUAGCUGUGGACUUCACCUGGCAAGAGUGGCAGCACCUGGAUGCUGCUCAGAGAACCCUCUACCAAGAUGUGAUGUUGGAAAACUACAACAGCCUGACAAAUUUGGGUUAUAAGUAUAACAAGAAUAUACAGGCAUUGUAUAACCAAACCAGAGUUGAUCUUCAAGUUGGAGCAUGGAUUUGCACCAGUCGGUGUAAUAGAAGCAUCAAUUCAGAACCUUUCAGAUUGAAUGCAGGUGAGAAGCCAUAUGAGUGUAAUGAAUGUGGUAAAGCUUUCCGCACCAAGUCUAAUCUCACACUGCAUCAGCGAACUCAUUCUGGUGAGAAGCCCUAUGAAUGUGAUGGAUGUGGGAAAGCUUUUCUCACCAAAUCAAAUUUCACUGUCCACCACAGAACUCAUACAGGUGAGAAGCCAUACAAAUGUAAUGAAUGUUUGAAAGCUUUUUCUCAGAAGUCACAUCUCACAGUGCAUCAAAGAACUCAUACUGGUGAGAAGGCAUGUGAAUGUAACAAAUGUGGGAAGGCUUUCUGCACCAAGUCACACCUCACUGUGCAUCAGCAAACACAUACAGGUGAGAUGUCAUAUGACUGUAACGAAUGUAUGAAAGCUUUCCACACCAAGUCACAACUCAUUGAGCAUCAAAUAACUCACAUAGUUGAGAAGCCAUAUAUAUGUAAUGAAUGUGGGAAAGUUUUCCUUGCCAAGACAAAACUCAUUUUGCACAUGAGAACUCAUACUGGGGAGAAGACUUAUGAAUGUCUUGAAUGUAGAAAGGCUUUCCUCACCAAGUCCCACCUCACUGAGCAUCAAAUAACUCAUACAAAUGAAAAGCCAUAUGAAUGUAAUGAAUGUAAUAAAUGCAGGAAAACGUUCCGCACCAAGUCACAACUCACCAUGCAUCAGUGAACUCAUAGUGGUGAGAAGCCCUAUGAGUGUAUUGAAUGUGGAGAGACAUUCCUCACCAAGUCACACCUCACUGAGCAUCAAACAGCUCAUACAGGAGAUAAACCUUAUGAAUGUAAUGAAUGUGGAAAAGCAUUCUGCACCAAGUCAAAUCUCACACUGCAUCAGCGAACUCAUUCAGGUAAGAAGCCAUAUGAAUGUAAUGAAUGUGGGAAAGCUUUCCUUGCCAAGUCAAAUCUUGUAGUCCAUCAAAGGACUCACACAGGUGAAAAGACAUAUGAAUGUAAUGAAUGUGGAAAGACUUUCCUCACCAGGUCACACCUCACUGCACAUCAGAGAACACAUACAGGUGAGAAGCCAUAUGAUUGUAACAAAUGUGGGAAAGCUUUCUGCCAAAAAUCACAACUCACUGUGCAUCAAAGAAUCCAUACAGGGGAGAAGGGCUAUGAAUGUAAUGAGUGUGAAAAUGUUUUCCUCACAAAUUCACACCAGGCUGAGCAUCAAAUGACUCAUAAAAAUGAGAAGCCAUAUGAAUGUAAUGAAUGUGGAAAAGCUUUCCGCACCAAGCCCAGUCUCACAUUGCAUCAACGAACUCAUUCAGGUGAAAAACCAUAUGAAUGUAAUGAAUGUCAGAAAGCUUUUCUCACCAAGUCAAACCUCAGGGUCCACCAGAGAACUCACACAGGUGAGAAGCCAUAUGAAUGUAACAGAUGCGGAAAAUCUUUCUGCCAGAAGUCACAUCUCACAGUCCAUCACAAAACCCAUACAGGGGAGAAAGCAUGGGAAUGUUAUGAAUGCAGAAAGGCUUUCCUCACCAAGUCACACCUAACUGAACAUUGGAGAAUUCAUACAGGUGAUAAGCCAUUUGAAUGUCAUGAAUGUGGGAAAGCUUUCUGCCAUAAGUCAGAUCUCACUGCACAUCAGAGAACUCAUACUAGUGAGAAGCCAUACAAAUGUAUAGACUGGGAGAUAGUUUUUUGCCAAAUUAAAACUCACUCACCAUCAGAAAACAAAUAUGGGUGA